AUCUAUCAGUUCAGAGAUAUAUAACAUCACAAAGAGAGAGCAGGGCGUGAUAAUGUGCUCCGGCGCCGGUUCUGUACCCCGCCGCCUUACUCCUCCAUGGCCACAAGAGAUCUCCAUUACGCGUCGAAGAAACUCGCUCCUUCCACUUCUUCACUAGCUUCACGCCUCCUCCUCUCUCUCCUCUGCCUCGUCUCUCUCUUCCUUUGUUUCUCUCUCUUCCGCAACGACACCGAAUCGCCGUCGUUAACCUACUCUGCGGUGUCUGAGAAGAGUAACAGCAAGUGUAACUACUCGGAUGGACGGUGGAUCUACGAUCCUACGGUCACAUCUCCGCCACGGUACGACCACACCUGCAAGGAGAUAUUCAAGGGCUGGAAUUGCAUCGCGAGUAACAAAUCCAACGCCAUUGAUAUUCCCAGGUGGCGCUGGAAACCCUACGGAUGUGAUCUUCCGCCGUUUGAUCCGUUACGGUUCCUAGAGAACUUUCGAGAUACCAAUAUUGGAUUUGUUGGGGACUCCUUGAAUAGGAACAUGUUUGUUUCUCUUUUUUGUGCUUUGAAACAAGCAUCUACUGAGGUAAAAAAGUGGCGUCCUGUUGGAGCUGAUCGUGGCUUCACUUUUCUUAAGUACAACCUGACCAUUGCAUAUCAUCGGACAAAUCUUCUGGCUCGUUAUGGUAGGUGGUCAGCCAGUAGUAAUGGUGGUAAACUGGAGUCACUUGGUUAUAAGGAGGGGUAUAGGAUUGAUGUGGAUUUACCAGAAGGAACUUGGGCAGAAGCUCCUAGUUUCCAUGACAUACUCAUCUUCAAUACAGGGCACUGGUGGUGGGCUCCUUCGAAGUUUGAUCCUGUGAAAUCACCUAUGCUUUUCUUUGAGAAGGGGUUACCUUUGACGCCUCCAAUUGCACCUGAUGCUGGUCUUGAUAUGGUGUUAGGACACAUGGUGUCAUAUGUGGAGAAGAAUGCAAGGCCAAGUACAAUUCUGUUCUUCCGAACACAAUCCCCGAGGCAUUUUGAAGAUGGUGACUGGGAUCAAGGUGGUUCUUGCCCCCGUUUACAGCCACUGGUGCCACAGGAAGUAGAACAACUUUUCUCUUUGAAGAACAAUGGGACGAAUGUGGAAACGCGACUUGUAAACCAGCACCUGCACAAGGCCCUAAAAGGUUCUAGUUUCCAUAUUUUGGACAUAACACACAUGAGCGAGCUUAGAGCUGAUGCCCAUCCAUCCGCAGCUGGUGGAAAAAGACACAAUGAUUGCAUGCACUGCGAUCUGACGUGUUUGAAGCGGAGGUCUCCUUGCAGCAUCUGGGAUCUAUGGCGCUUAGUAGCUGAUCAUGUGGAGCCAGGAAAUUUAAAAUCAGACAGGUUUAGGAUAUCUACAUUCAUACUGUUCUGCCAUGUUGAACGCUGAUCUUGAAACCCUUGCAUUAGGUCCUCAUUCAGAUUCAAACAUUUCCAAACCAAAUUCUCCCAACACAAAACACCUCUAUUGCAUCAUCAUCGCAUCCAUCUAUACUUGUCUCGCCAAACGUUGGAUGAUAUCCCUUUUCAAGAUUCUUCCUAUUGGAUUCGCCUGUAUUCUACUUAGGUCGAUUGCAUCAUUUUUUAAUAGUGUUAAAGCUUUUGUUUGCUUGAUUGUUGGAGUGAAUUUUAGUUGAUUUUCAUAACGUGCGAUACUUUGAUAUACUUGUAAAUAAACUGAGUUGGAUCUAUGCAUUUGAGACUGGCAUGAAAUAGAAUUGUUUAUCAGCAGUUGAGCAUAUUAUCCGAGGGGUGUAUGUGGACACUAAUGUUAUUAACAUCAUUAAUCAUCGUGGGGUUUGUGCAAUAUGUUUGAAUAGGAUAAUGCUUCAAGAAAUUAGAUAAUGGAUAAUGAAGUUACUGUUGGUUUGGCCCUACCCCCAUUAUCUUAUUCAAACAUAUUGCACAACCCCCCACGAUGGUUAUUGAUGUUAAUACUAUUCGUGUCAUAUGCCUCUCGGUUAAUAUGUUCUAUUGCCGCUGUACAGUUCUCAUUCAUGUUAGCCUGGAAUGCUUAGGUUCUAACUCUGUCUAUUUACAAACACACCCAAGUACCGUCCCUUAUGAAAAUCAAUCAAAAAUAUCA